AUGGCCACUGCUGUUGUAUCAAAUAAUAAAUUCCACACAAACACCAAUGAUAAGUCUCUAGAAAUAUUCUCACUUAUUUGGCUCGAUGCAAAUAUAAACGUUAAAGAGACGCGAGGAACAGAACAAAAAUUACGUUCUAUUAUUAAUCGUAUCAAGAAAUUUCAAGAUGUAAAACAAUGUCAGCAAUAUAUUGAACAAACAUCACAAAAAGAUCGCUUAGUAAUUAUUGUUAGUGGUCGGCUAGGACAAGAAAUAGUACCCUACAUUCAUCAACUUCGACAAGUUAUAACAAUUUAUGUUUAUUGUAUGGAUAAGAAGAAUAAUGAACAAUGGGCUCUAAAAUUUGCAAAAAUAAAAUCUGUUGUUGUUGCUCUUGAUGAACUUGUCUCUCAGAUUACAGCAGAUCAUAAAAUUCAGAAAAAGGUAGAAGAACCAUUAUCAAUUUAUACUUUCACAACAAGUGUUGAUGCAGGCAAAUCAACAACAGGAGUUAAUGGACAAUUUGUUUUUUCUCAAAUACUCGUUGACUGUCUUCUACGAUUAAAAUCAACUGAAGUAGACAAAAAUGAACUUAUUAAUCUUUGUGAAAAUGAAUAUGAAGGAAACCAUAUGGAACUAAACAAUCUUCGUGAAUUUCAGCAAGGUUAUUCACCUAAUAAAGUGUUAUUGUGGUAUACAAAAGAAACAUUCUUUUAUAAAACUCUUAAUGCAGCUUUACGCACACAAAAUAUUCAUAUGAUUUUCUUAUUUCGUGCAUUUAUUUCUGAUAUUUAUCGUCAAUUACAAAAAUAUCAAUCUAAACGUGUUUUGCAAGUUUAUCGAUGUCAACUAAUGUCGAUCGAUGAGUUAGAUGGUCUUAAGAAUAAUAUUGGUCAGUUCAUUUCUAUAAAUUCGUUUUUCUCCACCAGUAGUGAACGUUCAACAGCUCUCUUUCUCCUAGGUGAUAUAACUACAAAGAUUGAUUCAGAAAGAGUGUUGUUUGAGAUUGAUGCUGAUCCAAAGAUGGUCACUACAAAACCAUUUGCUGAUAUUAGUAAACAUAGUUAUUUUCCAAGUGAAUCGGAAGUUCUCUUUAUGAUUGGUUCUAUUUUUCGUCUUAAUAGUAUUAAUCGUAAUGAUGAUCAAAUAUGGAUCAUCAAGAUGACUUUAUGUAAUGAUAAUGAACAUGAUUUAAAACAAGUUCUUAUGUAUAUGAAAGAACAAAUUGAAAGUGGUGAAACAAAUCUUCGAAUAUUAGGAAAACUGUUAUGGGAAAUGGGUAAAUUUGAUUUAGCCGAAAAAUAUUUAACUCGUUUGUUGAAAGAACUUCCAUCGAAUGAUCCAUUACAUAUCAGUUUAUAUGAAGAUCUUGGUAAACUCGCAUCACAGAGAGGUGAUUUUGAUAUGAGUAUGAAAUGGCGUCAAAAAUUACUUAGAUUCAAAGAGGAAAAUCCAUUAUCUACCAGUAUUAGUGUUAAUAAAACAAAUGAUUCGAUUGGUAAGUUUAUUGAAAGAAAAUCUCUAAUUUUCAAGCGAGUGAUCUGUAUAAAGAUGAGUUUUUAUCGCCAAAAAAAA